UCACAGACUAUUCAUCUCCAACUCAUUCAAACACAUUCUUACAAACUAACACUUUUGUGGUGAUUAAACUCAGUAGAGAACCAAUGGCUUCUUCUUCUCUUCUAGUCACCAUCUUCCUCUGCAUGUUCUUCUUGUCUGUAAAUGCCAAUGAGGUAACCGUCGGUGGAAAAUCCGGUGACUGGAAGAUCCCUCCUUCCUCUUCUGACUCUUUCAACGACUGGUCUCAAAAGGCUCGCUUCAAAGUUGGCGACUUUCUCGUUUUCAGCUACGAAGCUGGUAAAGAUUCGGUGCUGCAAGUGACAAGAGAGGCUUACGAGAAAUGCAACACCACGAGCCCGAAAGCCAGCUACACCGACGGGAACACCAAAGUGAAGCUAGAACAACCCGGUCCGGUCUACUUCAUAAGUGGAACACAAGGUCACUGUCAAAAGGGGCAGAAGCUACGCCUUGUGGUAGUCACUCCUCGUAGCUCUCUCUCACCGGCUCCUUCUCCAUCUGAUGGUCCCGCCGUUGCUCCUACUAGUGGCGCUGCUAAGCUCACCGGCGUCUUCAGUGUUCUGGGCCUUGUUCUUGGACUCUGGGCCUUGUUCUGAGAGAGCAGAGAUCUUUUCAGUUUUUUUUUUUAAGUUUUAGUCUUGAAUUCUAUUCUAUUUAUUAAUUUUCAAAUAUGAAGCAGAGAUCUUUGCUAUCUAUCCCUAGUCUUGUUGUUACUAAUUCAGAAUUCACAAGAUUAAAUUAAACUAUUAUCCCUUUAUAUAA